AUGUAUAUAAAAGAUUUAGAGUUAAAUCAAGAAGAUUCUUUAGACAUUGCUUGUGAUGAAGCUAUUUUUUGUCGACUUAAGGAUUAUUCCAAUGAUCAACUAAAAUUAAAUCCCAUUCUCGCAUCUAAACUUGGCACAAAAUUUCUGAAUAAGCUUCAGGAUGUUGCUGAUUACCAAGCAACAUUUUGUGUUCUUGAGCUUGUCUGGUCAGCUGUAGCAAUUGUUAUCCAUAUAUAUAUGUACAAGUAUGGUAUAACACUAACAGAUAUUGAGAAUAGAAAUAAUAAUGUUCUUAAAAGCUUGAAGGCCUUUGCACCAUUGUUUCCUGCUAUUGAAAAAAAUAGAUAUGCAGAAUCAAUAUCACGUUUUUUAAUGACUGUGGAAAAAAACCUAGCAUUAAAAGCAAAACUUCAAGUAGUUGGAUCAAUAAAUCUUAUAGCAGAUGAAUAUUUUUUAGCAAUUGAUGAAGCACUUGAGUAUUUUGGUGUAAAAUUCAUCAAACAAAAUAUAACUGGAUGUCUGACUGAUCCAAACAACUUGAAACUAGUAAUUAAGGCAGUACAAGAUGAAAAAGAUCGAUUGAUGCAUCUUGAUGACAUAUAA